AUGUUGUGUGUAUUGGACAAUGCGGUGUUUGAGACACCAAGUCAUGCAGAUCCAAUCAAGUAUUCAUCCAAGAGUAAGAAAACUGAACAACCUAGAGAAUUUAUUAGACAGGUGAAUUUAUCGCCAAGGAAAACUUCAACUCACCGCAAAGGUUUCUUCGAUUCGACGGGCAUUUUUCUCGAGCCAAAGCAGACGAUUUCAAUUGAAGGAGAGAUUGAGAAGAGAUUGAAGAUGAGAGAAAUCGACGAGACUUCUAAAGAUUUGGAAACGUUGAAACAAAUUCUUGAGGCUCUGCAACUCAAAGACUCCUGCAUUCUAAGAAGCUUUCGGAGCAAAAUCAACUCAGUUAUCGGAACUUCGUCUACGAUGAGUCUCCAUUAA